CAAAGUCCACAGCGGCAGCAGCAGCAGAAGCGUUGACUUACUUUCUCAUUCGUGGGGGGACGCAAAGGAAAGGCGAGAAGUGACGACGACGCCGCCGCCACGAUGACUUCCAGUGAGAUUCACAUGCCCGGCGAGGUGAAGAGCGACCCGGCCGCCCUCAUGGCAUCCCUGCAGCUCAUGCCCGCGCCGGUGCCCAACCCGGAGAUCAAGUACACCAAGAUUUUUAUCAAUAAUGAGUGGCAAGACUCUGUCAGUGGGAAGGUCUUUCCAGCUAUAAACCCUGCGACUGGAGAGCAGAUCUGUGACGUCCAGGAAGCAGAUAAGGCCGAUGUUGAUAAAGCAGUGCAGGCAGCUCGUUUGGCCUUUUCGUUGGGCUCCGUGUGGCGAAGGAUGGACGCGUCCGAGCGGGGACGACUACUCUCCAAACUGGCUGAUCUGGUGGAGAGAGACAGCAUCUAUCUGGCUACUAUUGAGUCACUGAACAGUGGGAAGCCUUUUCUGCCCACUCUGUUUGUGGACCUUCAAGGGACCAUCAAGACAUUGAGAUACUUUGCUGGCUACGCAGACAAGAUCCAUGGCACUUCGAUUCCAAUGGAUGGAGAGUAUCUGACGUUUACCAGAUAUGAGCCCAUUGGAGUUUGUGGACAAAUUAUCCCAUGGAACUUCCCACUUAUGAUGACGGCAUGGAAGCUGGGUCCGGCGCUGGCAUGCGGAAAUACUGUCGUCCUCAAACCUGCCGAGCAGACGCCGCUCACCUGCCUCUACAUCGCGGCGCUCGUCAAGGAGGCCGGCUUUCCGCCGGGAGUCGUCAAUAUUUUGCCGGGAUACGGGCCAACGGCGGGAGCGGCCAUCGCUUCGCACAUGGGCAUCGACAAAGUGGCCUUCACGGGUUCCACGGAGGUUGGAAAACUGAUCCAGGAAGCAGCCGGCAAGACUAACCUGAAGAGGGUGACGCUGGAGCUGGGAGGCAAGAAUCCAAACAUCAUUUUUGCAGAUGCCGAUUUGGAUCUGGCUGUUGAACAGGCCCACCAAGGCGUUUUCUUCAACGCGGGCCAGUGUUGCACGGCCGGCUCGCGUGUCUUUGUGGAGGAGCCCAUCUAUGAGGACUUUGUCCGCCGUAGCGUGGAGCGGGCCAAGAGGAGGACGGUCGGCAGCCCGUUUGAUCCCACCGCCGAGCAGGGCCCGCAGAUCAGUCGGGAGCAACAGAAUCGCGUGCUGGAGUUCAUCCAGAGUGGCAUCAGCGAAGGUGCCAAGCUGGAGUGCGGAGGCAAAGCUCUGGGCGUCAAAGGCUUCUUCAUUGAGCCCACUGUGUUCUCCAAUGUGAGAGACGACAUGCGCAUUGCCAGAGAAGAGAUUUUUGGACCGGUGCAGCAAAUCAUGAAGUUCAAAACAAUCGAGGAAGUGAUCGAGCGGGCCAACAACACGGAUUACGGUUUGGUGGCCGCAGUCUUCACUAGCGACAUCAACAAAGCCAUGACCGUGUCCACGGCCAUGCAGGCUGGCACUGUCUGGAUAAACUGCUUCAACGCUCUCAGCACACAGUGUCCAUUUGGAGGAUAUAAAAUGUCUGGCAAUGGACGUGAAUUGGGCGAGAGUGGCCUUCGGGAGUACUCGGAGGUGAAGACCAUCACCAUGAAGAUGGUCGCCAAGAACUCUUAAGGCGUCCUGUCAUUUUGGGAGGAGGAGAUCGCAUCUUCCUCAGUGCUGAUGGCUGACAAAGCAUCAAACUCUCCAUGGUGAUUACAGGCUGUGACCCGUUCCCCGCCCGGCCCAGCACGUGGCGACUUGUCGCUGCCCCGAGUGUGUAAUUCAGACAACCACUGAAGCACCCCAUUGACCACCUCUCCUCCACUAACUCCACUAAAGCACUCACAAAGACAAUGGGGUUAACGCAAUAACCUCCAGCCGCUCCACCCGCACCUAAGCUUUCCUCCUCAGAGUGUCUACAUGCUGCUGCCGGACUCUGUCACUGCACUUGCAAUCAAACAUUUCCUUCCGUCCGAGCUGGAGGCAGCGCUGUCAAAGCUCACGCGUCGUCACUUUUUACUAGAAAUUAUGCAAGCAAGCGCCCCCUGAUUUCAGGACCUCUGGUGAUGUCAUCAGCCUCAGUUAUGAAUGGAUGAAACGUUAAUUCCAAAUUGAUUUUUAAUUGACUUUUCCUUUUAACUUGACCUAACACUGUAUGUCUACCUUUGACGCUGAUUUGAACCUCUUUAACUCAUUGACUGCGAAAGACGUCCAAUCCAUUUGGAACAGUCAAAAUGGGUUUGAUGUCUAUCGCCGCCAACGGCACCGAAACAUGGUUAUUCAAUGCCAGCCAUCCAAGCUAAAAUAGAUUUGAUGUUUGUCAAUGGCAUUGAAAGAGUUAAAAAAAAAAAAAAAAGUAAACAUUCCCUGCUAAAAGAGGGUUAGAUGUGUUUGAAAUGCUAUGUAACUGAUUGUCAUUGAUGUCCAUCCAUGUUGUUUAUACAACCGUAUGAUAUAAAAUUAAAAAAAACGACCAUAGUUUGUUUUUUUUUUCUUUUUCAUUUU